AUGAUGAUAUUAAAAAGGUAUUAUUAUAAGCUUUUCAGCUGCUUCAUUUUCUGACAAAUUCUGAUAUGCUCCAAUUUUAUCAUAAUUCUGAUCAGCAAUUUGAAAAGUCUUUUUUUCAUGUGUUUAUUCAGAUUUGACUCUUUUAAAGUCAAUUUAACAAGCAAAAAUUUCAUAUUACCGCUAUUAAUAAAUUAUUUCUCUUCUUAUGAAAUUGUUAAAUUGCUCUGAUAA